AUGCACUUCUCCACCUCCGUACUCGGCAGCAUCGCAGCGCUCUGCGCAACCGCCAACGGCGCCCUCACCCGCGUCAACGAUUUCGGCGCCAACCCAUCCAACCUCCAGAUGAACAUCUACGUCCCAGCCAAGGUUGCGGAAAAGCCAGCGAUCAUCCUCGCCCUCCACUACUGCGGCGGCACCGGCGAAGCCUACGCCCAAUCCACAAAAUACAACACCCUCGCCGACCAAAAAGGCUUCAUCAACAUCUUCCCCUCCACAAAAAAAGACAACAACUGCUGGGAAGUAAACACCGCCAAAGGCCUUUCCCGCGAUGCCGGCGGCGACAACCAAGGCCUAAACAACAUGAUACAGUACACCAUCAAAAAGUACAACGCCGACCCCACAAAGGUCUUUGUGACAGGAAGCAGCUCGGGCUGCAUGAUGACCAACGUAAUGAUGGCGACCUACCCAGACGUCAUCGCCGCAGGCUCCUGCUAUUCUGGUGUGGCGGCAGGCUGCGUAGCAGGCAGUCCCGGCGCCUCGCCCUCUACCGCCGACCCACGCUGCGCAAACGGGCAAGUCAUAAAGACGCAAGCGGAAUGGGUAGCCCAGGUCAAAGCCAUGUAUCCUGGUUACAGUGGCACGUACCCGCGCAUGGCGACUUGGCACGGGACCGCUGACUCGCUCGUCAAGAUCCCUAAUUUGGGCGAGCAGUUGAAGGAGUGGAGUGGGUUGCUGGGUGUGCAGUUUAGCAGGAACGAGACGAAUAGCCCGCAGAGCGGGUAUACGAAGAUGGUUUAUGGGGAUGGGACGAAGCUGGUGGGGUAUAGUGCGCUUAACGUUGGUCACACUGUGCCGGUGCAUGAGGCGGAGGAUCUUAAGUGGUUUGGGCUUUGA